AUGACAAAGACGCGAGUCAGCAUGAUGAUGGCGUUGCUGCUGGCAUUGGUGCUCGCUCAGAAUGCUGUAGCGGCUCGCAAAUUGUCCAAACGGCCGGUAAAACCGUUGAAGACAUUUCCGCGCAACAACGUGACGCCAACACCGGCGGCGCUGGCCAAUGGAGGUAAUAGCGGCGGGGGUAGUGUCGGUGGUGCUACAGCCACAGCGAUUGCGAGCGGAAGCGAGCUACCGAAACCGCUGACGCUGCAUGCGAGUGAUGCAGCGGAAACUGCACCGGGCACAUCGGUGGCUGCAACUGCAGCUGGAACUGGAGCUGGAGCUGGUCCAGCAGCACCUGCUGAGACCAAAGGCGAUGAACUGAAUGGAGCGGCAACACCAUUGGGCGCUCUGAUGGAUGAGGACGAGUGCGAGCCGGAUAUGAUUGGCUUUGAGCUUAUUACCGGCUUUGUACUAUCGGCGCCAUCGAAGCAACUGGAGACGCUGCCCGGUACACUAAUGCUGACCGACUGCUUGGAGGCCUGCCAGGCCAAUGAAUCUUGCAAUGCGGUUAAUUAUGAGACGGGUCUCUGUGUCAUGUUCCGCAGCACAGCCGAUCAGCUUCCAGGUUCACUUUCGCGCUCGCAGUAUCCCGUUUUCACUGUCUACGCACAGAAAUCCUGUUUCGGAGUGCGUCCAUGCUCAAAGGCCUGGUGCAUAGAUCGCGUGCAGGGCUACCGUCUGCCUACCGAACGUGCCAAGGCCAGUCAAAAUGUGGCCACGCGACGCGAUUGCAUUGAGCUAUGUUUAGGCGAAACGGAGUUUACCUGUCGCUCGGCCAACUACUAUGCACACUCAGGCCUCUGUGAACUUUCCGACAUGGAUCGCAUCACACUGUCCGACGAGGCGAACAUUGCUGCCUAUGAUGGCGCCGACUAUCUGGAGAACAAUUGUGCCGAGGAGCCCAGCAAGUUGUGCGAAUUCAAGCGUAUCUCGGGACGCAUACUCAAGACCGUGGACUCGGUGCAUCAGAACGUGCAGAGUAUUGAUGAAUGUCGUGAUCUCUGCCUUACUGCGCCCUUCCGCUGUCACUCAUAUGAUUUUAAUGAGACUGGCGAGCACGUUUGCCGACUCUCCCAUCACAGUCGUGCUACGCUCACUGAUCUGUCCGAGCCCUACCUGAAUAUCGAAGAGGCCUCCACCUAUGAACAGUCUGCCUGCUACAAUGUGUCCAUCGAUUGCCGUUCCGGCGAAAUGAUCACCAAAAUUCGUACAUCCAAGCUGUUCGACGGAAAGGUCUAUGCCAAGGGGGCGCCCAAAUCCUGUGCUGUGAAUGUGAACAGCUCUUUGGAGUUUGAUCUCCACAUGCGCUACAACGAUCUCGAGUGCAAUGUGCGUCAGAGCGCCUACGGACGCUACAUGAACGAUAUUGUCAUACAGCAUCACGACAUGAUUGUCACUUCAUCCGAUCUGGGCCUUGCAGUAUCCUGCCAGUACGAUUUGACCAACAAGACUGUGGUUAACAAUGUAGACCUGGGUGUAACGGGCGAAAUAGAGUCUACGCUGAGCGAGGAGAUCAUUGUGGAUUCGCCAAAUGUCAUUAUGAAGAUCACAGCACGGGAUGGUGGCGAUAUGAAGCGUAUAGCCGAGGUGGGAGAUCCGUUGGCAUUGCGUUUCGAAAUUGUAGAUGCAAACAGUCCAUAUGAGAUCUUCGUGCGCGAGCUUGUGGCCAUGGAUGGUACGGACAGUGCCGAGAUCACUCUGAUCGAUGCCAACGGCUGUCCCACGGAUCAGUACAUUAUGGGAGCCAUGCAAAAGAUGGCCAACAAUCGCAAGGCACUGCUCUCACAAUUCGACGCCUUCAAGUUCCCCUCCUCGGAGCUGGUGCAAUUCCGUGCCUUGGUAACGCCCUGCAUACCGCGUUGUGAACCGGUUAUCUGCGACAAUGAUGACAACGGCGAGCUGAAGUCGUUGCUCUCUUAUGGACGGCGUAAGCGUUCGGUCGCCAAUGGUACCGACGGCGUUGAGUUUGCCAUUAUGUCGGAACGCCAAAAACGUGAUGUGAGUCAUCAGACAGCGGACGAGAACAUUUUGCUGGUGCAAUCGAUACAAAUCACCGAUAAGUUUGCCUUCAAUGGCGGCGAUUUGAGCAGCGGCGAGCCAAGCGACGGCCUGGCCAAGUUGCAGGUUGAAAUGGGCUCGAAAACGGACACUUGCAUCAACGGCUACGGUUUCAUAAUUGCCGGCGCGCUAUUUCUGCUUCUCCAGCUCACGGUCAUUGCUGUUUGGGACAAUAUGCAAAAGCGUGCGUUACACAAGCGAUAAACUUUGAGAGUGGAGUUCGACGACGACGUGCCGACGUGCAAUUCCAUAAGAAACUAGCGUGAAAUUCUUUUAGCUCAAAACUUAGCACCGCUCAUAAUCUAGUUAGUAGUUGUAAUGCCGCAAACGAACGAAGGGCCUUUUAAUUAGUUUCCUUUUUUUUUGUUGGUGUUGUGCUGAUAUAUAUGUUAUAUAUGGUAUGUGUGUUUAAA